AGCAGGGUUCUAGCUGAGCUGUUAAAUGAUGCAGAGGGAGGUGAAAGGAGUGGCCAAAGGGGCUGAAAUGGAGGAGGGCAGCUCCGCCAUGUUCAGCUGGGUGAGCAAGGACGCGCGGCGGCGCAAGGAGCCGGAGCUGUUCCGCACGGUCUCGGAGGGGCUGAAGCAGCUCUACGCCACCAAGCUGCUGCCCCUGGAGGAGCACUACCGCUUCCACGACUUCCACUCCCCGGCGCUGGAGCCGGCCGACUGGGAGAACAAGCCCAUGGUGCUGCUGGUGGGGCAGUACAGCACGGGCAAGACCACCUUCAUCCGGCACCUCAUCGAGCAGGACUUCCCGGGCAUGCGCAUCGGGCCCGAGCCCACCACCGACUCCUUCAUCGCCGUCAUGGGGGGCGAGACCGAGGGCAUCGUCCCGGGCAACGCCCUGGUGGUCGACCCGCGCCGGCCCUUCCGCAAGCUCAACGCCUUCGGCAACGCUUUUCUCAACAGGUUCAUGUGUGCUCAGCUACCCAAUCCUGUCCUGGACAGCAUCAGUAUCAUUGACACACCUGGUAUCCUCUCAGGAGAGAAGCAACGCAUAAGCAGAGGCUAUGACUUUGCGGCAGUACUGGAGUGGUUUGCAGAGCGUGUGGACCGCAUUAUCCUCCUCUUUGAUGCUCACAAGCUGGAUAUCUCGGAUGAGUUUUCAGAGGUGAUCAAGGCCCUGAAGAACCACGAGGACAAAAUCCGGGUGGUGCUGAACAAAGCUGACCAGAUCGAGACGCAACAGUUGAUGCGGGUCUACGGUGCUCUAAUGUGGUCACUAGGGAAGAUCAUCAACACACCAGAGGUGGUGCGAGUCUACAUUGGCUCCUUCUGGUCCCAUCCACUCCUCAUCCCUGACAACAGGAAGCUCUUUGAAGCAGAAGAGCAGGAUCUCUUCAAAGACAUCCAGUCUCUGCCCAGGAAUGCUGCACUCCGCAAGCUCAAUGACCUCAUCAAGAGAGCCAGGCUAGCCAAGGUCCAUGCCUACAUCAUCAGUUCUUUGAAGAAGGAAAUGCCCAAUGUCUUUGGGAAGGACAGCAAGAAAAAGGAGCUGGUGAACAAUCUGGGUGAAAUCUACCUGAAGAUUGAGCGGGAGCAUCAGAUCUCCCCUGGAGACUUCCCCAGUCUGCGCAAAAUGCAGGAGCUCCUUCUGGCUCAAGACUUCAGCAAGUUUCAGCCCCUGAAGCCCAAGCUGCUGGAUGCAGUGGAUGACAUGCUGGCCAAUGACAUUGCCCGGCUCAUGGUGAUGGUGCGUCAGGAAGAGUCUCAGAUGCCCACGCAGGUGGUGAAGGGCGGAGCCUUCGAGGGCACCAUGAAUGGGCCCUUUGGUCAUGGCUAUGGAGAGGGGGCUGGUGAGGGCAUUGAUGACAUUGAGUGGGUGGUGGGCAAGGACAAGCCCAGCUAUGAUGAAAUUUUCUACACCCUCUCACCUGUCAAUGGUAAGAUCACAGGUGCCAGUGCCAAGAAGGAAAUGGUGAAAUCCAAGCUGCCCAACACUGUCCUGGGCAAGAUCUGGAAACUGGCUGAUGUGGACAAAGAUGGACUCUUGGAUGAUGAGGAGUUUGCCCUGGCCAACCACUUGAUCAAGGUGAAGCUAGAAGGGCAUGAGCUACCUGCAGAACUGCCCCCCCAUCUAGUGCCUCCCUCCAAACGCAGACAUGAAUGACUCCCCAGCAUCUUUUAAAUGGGGGUAGGAGGAUGGGCAGCAAGAUGCCUGGAUUCCAACAUCUGACAAUCUGCCAAAGAUCCACAACCCCUAAAAGCUGGUGGACAGCUUGAAUUCUUCAAAAGGCACCGAACUUAACAACUUUCCAAAUGUGCCCAUCUAUAGGAGUGAUUAAGAUCUGAAUGAAACCCUCAUAAUGUCAUUGUGCACAAGAAUGAUAUUUUUAAUAUAUUUGAGGCCACAUUUUUGUUCCCCUCUUCUCCAUUUGAGGUGCUGCUCCAGGAGCUGCUAAUGCAACUGGUUUGUCUUUCUAAGGUGAAUGAAUGGCUCCUUGUGGCAGGGGCAGCAUGGUCAAGCUGCAAGUAUCAGUUCAGUUCUCCUGCCUGGAAGCACUGCUAGCAAUGGAAUCAGCUUCACCCUUCUGCUGGGACAACAGCUCUUCCCCAGCUGUCUGAUUUGGGAGGGGGUGUAACUCCCAGUGUGGUUAAGCAACUGAUCUAAUUUUUUUGUAAGAAUGUGGUCCAAAAACAUCAGUUCAAUCCUCAUCUGAUUUUUCUCCCAUGUACAGAGCAGUUUUUAUGCUAAGGUCCUAGGUGGUUUGUUUUAGGGUUAAAGUCUCAUUUCCCCCCAGGGCUUCCUGAUCCCACCACUCGUUCACAAGUAAAUGAGUUAAUGACUCUUGGUUUUAGCUAUCAAAUGUAGACUAGUUAAAAUUGAAAGGGGGGGGAGGGAGGUCUUAGACUGACCUCUCUGAGGGGGAGGGAGAAUCUCGGUGCUGCUGUUGUGCCUUUUGCUCCCAGACUCCUUUUUACAGAAUACAGCAAGCCUACAUACUUGCUUUGAACCCCCUCGGCAUCAUCACUUCCUCUUAGACAUGUCUUCACUGACCUGGCUUCUUGUAAAUUUCACAAUCCACAUCUCUGUUUUGGGAAGCCUGAAUUUCUUAAAGAUAGUCUAGUCCUGAGGCCGCCUCUUCCUUAAAGUGUCACAGGUCUGACUUCUCAGUCCCAGGACUUUCAUUGGUUGCUUCAGUUCAGGCUACUCUGCUGUAGCACUUCCUUCCUUCUGUCUUCACCAUGGUUUGAGAUGUGCAAGGUAAAUCCUAAUCUGAGCCUGUUAAUCCACAUUAACUGACACACUUUGCACUGUAUCACAUGGUCAGAUGUUGACCUCUAACUUUGUCUGUCUAGAGAAACACUCAUCCUGAGAAGCAUUGGGACUAACCUUGAGGUGGGCUCAGGACAGUUACUCUGGCAGCAUGCUUCAGUCUGCUAGUGACUGUCACUGAACUGUCUGACGUGGUUGUCCUCCAAGUCUAGACCUGGAACUAUUCCCCAAGCACCCGUGGAGAAAGGAUGACCAUGUUCCUGAUCCACUGCUGCACAGGCUGAUGGCAAUUGCUUAAAUUCUUCUUUGGUUGCCUCUGUCAACUAAAGGGCCCUGCCAGAAGUCCUCCAACCACUCCACUGCUUGCAGUUUUAACUACCAUUCUCUGUCCCAGCAGUGCUUGACUGAGGCCUACCACGCCACCUAUGGAGGCACCCAGUUAGGUGCACUGAAUCCUGCUGGGAGUAGGCACCCAAUUUAGGCUCUUUGUCAAACUCUCGAGGCAGAUUCUUAUGAAGCAAUGGCAGCACAGUGCUGGGGGAGACCUAAAGGGUAAGCCACAGCAUCCUCCUGCCAGGCUGAUACGAGGGAGGAGGGUAUGGCUAAAGUGGGGGCCUCUCUAUUGAUGGGCCUUAUUCUUGUGACUGGACUGGAAGCAACAUGGAUAGGUGGGUUUCUCUUGCUGCUUUCACAGGGGAACCCAGACAAAGCCUUUUCAGCUAUCUGCUGUAACAACCUGGCUGUGCUUGGUAUGUACCUGUUUUGUGUGGCUGACACCACCAAUGGAGAAUAAAGCCUUUUGGUAUCAGACCCUCCCCUGGCAAGUAUUGCUGGAGCAGCCAUGUGCCAGGCAAGAGGCUAAAACUGAUACUUCAAGACUGGCUAGAAUGUUUCCAGCUGUCCAUUGUCAUAGCUGUAUCCUGGGCUUCAUGUGGAUUCCUGUGGCACAGGAGUCAGACUUAAGGACUGCACAUCUGUCAGCUAUGUACCUUGUUUACAUCUUGUGCAGUGAAGCAGUUCUCAAGAAGGGGUUCCCCCAGGCCUGUGCAUCAGAGGGAAGUGCAUUCUGUUUAAGCCUAUAUACAAUUUUUUGAAACAUUAAAAUGUAUUGGCAAGUUCUG